CUUCAACUCCCUCGACGACCACGCUUCACAAAAGAGCACGACACGACACGACAAGACACAACAAUAAUGUUAAGCUGACACUUCGACAGGUGAGUCGUCUGUUCCCGUCUUCCUUUUGCGGAUUUGCGCAUCAUGUCAACGACCGCGACGUCUCUGGUUCCCUCUCCCUCUUCUUCGAGGUCUAGCUACAAUCCCGCCCUUCAGAAUGCACAAAAACCCGUGUCACAGGUCACAACAGCCGUUACAAGUGCCCCCAGCAAUGUCUCGGGAAGAGCGCAGAGUCUCAGCCUUUCUCUGUCGAAUCCUUCGCCCAAACCUGCAGAGCUUCCUACUCCUCCGUCUACACCAGGAAAGUUCAGACACCCGUUGACAACAGAGAUUCUGAGGAGGAAUGCCGCUACAGCACUUACAGACAGAAGUGUUAAGGGUGCGGUGACCAAUGCCGCUGCGCUGCUUGCCACAUUCAUCUUCAGUGAUGUAUACUACAGCAGUGUUCCUCCUCUACUCAAAUCCAGCGGCAUCACGGACCCCGCUCAAAUUUCGCAGACUGCCCUUUUCAUCAUCCGCCUUCUCUUCUGCCUGAAUAUAAUCCUUCUCCUCCGACCCAUCAUGCCCUACAUAUCCAAGAAGGACCAAAUCACAGAUAUCCCUUUGACACCCUCCCAACGGUCUCUCUUAGGCCUCCGUCCGUCCGUCCACCCAAGCCAAAGCCCAGCCGGCUCACCGGCCAGCUACAUCACUCCUCCGCGCUACCGACGCCUCUCUGGCUCCUUUAGCGGCAGUCCCACAACGAGCUCUCAACUGGGUUAUGGUUCUGCUUCGAUCGACCGUCGCAGUAUUUCAGCAAACUACUCCUCGUCCCCUCUGUCUACGUCCCGCUACACUCUCGGCUUCUCGCCCACGCCGUCACAAUCCCUCCGGCGCACAGCCUCGGGUUCACCAUUUUCCCCUUCUCCUACUGCGAGCCCACUAUUCCACAAAGCUGUAAGCCAGAACCAGUCGUCGCAAAUCCCAGACAGUGACUUUGGCAUGAGCACUCGUUCUUCAUUUGGACCGAUCAGUGGUAGUAAUGGAGGCCUCAGUCGAUCACAGAGUAUGCGUGAGAGAAGACCAAGACGAGAGAGCCUAGAGCCGAAGUCACCGUCCCCCACAAGAGCCUCGCAGGUCGUUCCAGGGCUGAACUAUAAAUGGUUAUAUGACAAGGGUAGAAAAUUACCCAAGAGCGAUUCCUUCGGCGUCUUCUGAGGUUGAGCGGGCGCAGCUUUGGUUAUGUAGCGUUCAGGUUAUCCAACAUUCCACCUUCCACAAGUGGCGUUUUCUUCACAGAGCGACUGUGUUUCCCAUUUAGAGAUGGAGAGCUUACUCAUAUCAGGGAACGUAUUCCUCUGCAUUGUACAAAUUUGGAAUGAAAUCACAAGCCAAGAGUCGCGGUUUGCAGACAGGACUUCAGGCUUCGAUGUACAGCAGUACGGAUCAGGCUUUCCUGAGGUGACGAUAGAGAGACAUGAAAUGGUCUCCCGAUUGUUCAUCCCUCUUCCCGCUCCACGUUUCUCU